CUUUUUUAUACAGUACAACUUCCUUCUCCAACUUUAUAUACACAUUAGAGCUCUUAAAUGAACCUUACACGCUCAGUGUCGCAUCAAAACGAUGCACCCGGAUUCCUUUAUGCUGGAUUCAAUCAGGAGUAUGGUUGUUUCGCUACAGGACUCGAUAAUGGAUUCCGUGUAUAUAACUGCGAUCCUCUCAUUGAACAAGCACGCUCAGAGUCGAAUGAAGGCGGUAUAGCGCUUGUCGAAAUGCUCUAUCGCACAAACUACCUUGCGUUUGUCGGUGGGGGCAAGUAUCCCCGGUUCCCACCAAAUAAGGUUAUCAUCUAUGACAGUAUCAAAGGCAAGCCAGUUUUGGAACUCGAAUAUAAAAGCGACGUCAAAAAUGUCAAACUUCGUAGAGAUAGAUUGACUGUCGUAUUAGCCAACAAAGUGUUCAUUUAUCAGUUCAGCAUCAAUCCAAAACUGUUACAUACGUUUGAAACAUGCGACAACGAAAGAGGACUAGCAGCAGUAUCGGCAGCACAAGAUCAUGCAGUGCUGAUUAUACCCGGACGACAGAAAGGACACUUGCAGAUUGUGGAUUUGGAUUCGUUAGGAUAUUAUUGGUCAGCAGUGCCUCAGCGAUACUCAGAGAGCUCUAAUACUGCUGAUAAUGCGACAGAACAGCAACAAUACGAGGAUUCAUUAUUACCACCAGCACCACCUAGCAACACAUCUGCGACAACAUCUGCAUCUACAGGUCGACCGACACCCACAGCCAACGUCAGUAUUAUUGCUGCCCAUUCUGGUAGACUGAGUUGCAUAGCGCUUAACCACGACGGCACAAAAUGUGCUACAACAAGCGACAAAGGAACACUUGUGCGUGUAUUUAAUACGGCAACCGGUACAUUGUUGAACGAAUUACGACGAGGCAUGGACAGAGCAGAAAUAUACUCAAUAGCAUUCAACCACGAUUCUACACGGCUGUGCGUAUCAUCGGAUAAAGGGACUAUCCACGUAUUUAACCUUGAUGCAUCUGUAAUAGCCAUGGCGGAUCAGAAGCCACGGGGUCCAACAUAUGGUGAGGUCGUCGUCUAUCCAACAUCACCCGCCGCAAAAGGAUCUGGUUUAACGAUGAAUGGCAACCGAGGAAGUAGCUUGAGCUUCAUGAAGGAUUUACUACCCAAGUACUUUAGUAGUGAAUGGAGUUUUGCCCAUGCAAAAAUUGUGACCGAGAAUCGGUGUAUUGCAGCAUUUGGGGAACAAAAGAAUACAAUUAUUGCGAUAUGCGCAGAUGGAAGUUGGUAUCGGUUUCUCUUCGAUCCACGAAAAGGAGGAGAAUGCAUUCGGGAUUCCUUUGACAGGUUUCUAAAGAAUGAAUGAACUCUACCUUCAUCUAAAUACCUACUAUCUAUGACCCAGUGUUUCAUAUACCUCUAUCUACAUUUGUAAAGUAAAAAAUGGUGACGUGCUGGAAUUUUUUUUACACAUA